UCUGCUACCCUUGUCCACACCAGGAGGAUGGGUCUCCCUCAGGCCUGUUACUUUCCACGCCCUCGGUGGUCUGUGCCCUCAGAGGUGAGCCACAGGUGAGGGAGGUGAGCUGGGUAGCACCUCUGGGUCUGUCCCAUUUCAAAGCUGCAAGCCUGAGACCCAGAGAGUCAGGCUAGCUUGUCCACAGUCACCCAGAGAGGAAGUGGCCAUACAGGGCUGGAGCCCAGGGCUUUGAAUCCCAGGUCAGGGCCUGUCCCCCUCACCCUAGAACUCUUGAACUUGAGUCUGCUGCCUUCUGACUAGGAACAUGAACAGCCUGGUUCAAGGCCCUCCAGACUCCCCCUGUCCAGACCUGGACUCUUCACUGUCCCCUAGACAUGCCUCCACUCUCCCCCCAUCAUGCCUCCACAGCCCCCACAUGCGCCCCCCACCUGUUGAUCUCCACGUCUGUCUACCUUGCCCCUGGUCCUUCUCAAGCUGCUCUCCUGCUGCUCCCCAUGGCUGCCUUGCCCAGAUCUAGCCUUACCAUCACUCACCAACCUGAAUGGACCAUCCUAAUGGCCUCCUCACUGGCUCCCUCAGCCCUACCACCAUCUCCAGAGUGAGGGGCUUGCAAACCCAAACUUGUCCUGCCUUCCUCAUUUAGUGAUAUUCACAGGCUCCCCUCAUAUCUUGCUUGUGCCUUACCCCAGGCUCCAAGACAUGGAUUCCCAAACUGCCAACAAGCCAUUUCAUUCUGCUUCCCUCCAAACAGCCCUCCACAUACCAGGAUAUCAUUCAUCCUGGAACGUCCUCUUCCUCAGUUGUGCCAGGGCAAACUCUUACUCACCCUUCAAAGUCCAACUCAAAUGCUCCUUUUCUGAGAAGUCUUCCUUAACUUCUCCUGCAUUUAUUCAUGCCUGUGUUGGGCACCCACUGCAUCCUAGGGAAUCUCCCUGGAGCCCGAGUUUUCCCAGGUCUCUUCAGCCUGGGGAGUAGAAAACAUACUUUCCAUAACAAAUUCAAAACAGCCAUUCUUUGACUAAAUAUCUCUCUCUCACACACAUAUACACCAUGCUUCCCAUGAAAGUCUCCUGGGGAUGUCUUUGAAGAGGCAAAUUAGCCAAGUGGAAAGAACUCAGGCAGAGUUCAAAUUUCAGAGCCUCCAAAAUCACUGUAGGAUCUCAAGCGAAUGGUUUAGCUUCUUGGAGCCUCAGUUUCCCCAUGUCUUUUUUUUGCUGAGUCGCAGGUGAGGUGGGCUCUGGCUCCCUCUUUCCCCAGCCAAGCAGCUGCCUCCUCCACAGCUCCUCCUUGGAGCGCAAACAGCCAAGAGCUCUUUUUUUUUUUUUUUUUCUGUCCACUCCGCAUGGCAUGUGGUAUCUUAGUUCCCUGACCAGGGAUCGAACCCACGUCCCCCGCAUUGGAAGCACAAAGUCUUAACCACUGGACUGCCAGGGAAAUCCCAGUUUCCCCAUCUGUCUAACAGAGAUAGUGGAAGUGCCCUGCCACAGGGUGGUUGGAGAGUGGCUAUGCCUAGUUUUGGGGGAAUACGGGGUGAGUAGAAGCUGAUGCUCAUCUCUGAGCAGGAGAUGUGGCAGGCCCAAAGCAGGAGGAGCCUUUUUGUGUGGCCAAAGCUUUAUGCUCAAUGGAAAGGCAGUUGCUUCCAUGACUCAGGCCUGGUUGAAGCAGGCAGGGCCCAGAGUGCAAGAAGUGGCCUCUGAGGGCUGAGGGAACUUGGGAUGGCCACAACUCCUCCAGGCAGUCCUCUAGGACUGUUUCACUGCACAGUCCCCGCUAGGGAGAUCCACACUCUGAUGAUGUGGCUGGAAGGGGAGUGGCACCCAGCAAAUGCUCCCCAGGCACAGCCCUGUUCCAGGGACUCCCCACACCCAGCGCCGAUGAGCCAGACUGGGCCCUUCCUGUCACCAGAGCCGGGCUCCUCCUCCAUCAGAGACUGCCAUGUCUCUGCCUGACUCGUGUUGGUGCCAACCACAAGACACACACGAGGGUACAGCAUCCUCCUUAUGUCUGCCCUCCAAGGCAAGCAGUGAAAACGUUCACAGUGCCCCAUGAAAGACUGCUUCAUCCACCCAUCAGCAUCUGGACCCAGGAUCCCCACCCAGGGAAGAUGGGUGGGGAAAGUACCUAAGGUCACAUCGAAGGGGAUGAUCCGAAUCCUGUCCUGCAACCGAAGCCUGGAGAGAUAGGAAAGUAAAGAGACCAGGGUUCAAACUAGCCUUUACUGAACACCUGCUAGGUGCCGCUCUUCAGAGACAAACAGAGAGGAAAAUGAGACUCCGAGACUGGAAGCAACUUGCCCAAAGUCACCCAGCUAGGUACUGUCCCAGUCAAGACACAAGUCCUUUGGACUCCAGAGGCAGCUCUGUCUACCAGAGCGCCGCCCAGGGAGGAGCCGAGGCCUGAAGUCAAAGGCGCAGCUUCCCUCUCAGUUUCGCACCGCGAGGUCGCCUCUCCACAAGCCUGUUUCUCCAUCUGUACAACGGGGGUACAGACUUUUUAAGGAAGGCUGCCAGAGCUCUGACGAACUCGAGGUCUCGAGGGUGUUACGCAUACCUGCCUGAGAAGCUUCCCCACUCGCCCGCCAGCCUGAAGAAACUGCCGCAGGCUCGGCUCCCGGACAUGCGUGACCCGCGGGAGGCAGGGAGCUCUCUUUAUCCAAGGACGUGGCCCCCUGUAUGGGUAGUGGGGGCCACAGGCUGGGACACCCCUGCUGUCAGAAGUGAGUGAGCAGGUUGACUGACCACAAGCAGUCCCUCAGCAUGAGCAUGGACUCCAGGAUCCCAUCUGCUAGGAGCUGGAUCAGCAGCCACCCACCCACCUCUGAACCUGACCUGGAGCCUGCCACAGAUGGGCCAGCUUCUGAGACCACCACACUCGGCCCAGAAGCCACCAGCUUUAAUGACACCAGAAUCCCUGACGUGGCUGGUGGCACAGCCGGCGUGGGCACAAUGCUUCUGUCCUUUGGGAUCAUCACAGUGAUUGGCCUGGCUGUGGCCAUGGUUUUGUACAUCAGGAAGAAGAAGAGGCUGGAGAAGCUGCGCCACCAGCUCAUGCCUAUGUACAACUUCGACCCCACGGAGGAGCAAGAUGAACUGGAGCGGGAGCUGCUGGAGCACGGGCGGGACACUGCCUCCGUGCAGGCCGCCACCGCUGUGCAGGCCACGCUGGCCAAGACCACUCUCCCCUCUCAGGGCCCAAUGCAGAGGCCCAGCCGGCUGGUGUUCACCGAUGUAGCCAAUGCCAUCCACGCGUGAGGACCCCGGGACAGGCCUGGACCUCUGAUGAAAACACCUGCCACAGUGCCCUCAGCUGCCAACUCCGAGAUCAUUAGGACCUCCUCUCAGGACCUGCCCUGCCAAGGCCUCAGCUAUUUUGAGGACCCAGCUGCUGACCCUCCAGGCUCUAAAAGAGGCCCUGGCCAGGUUGGGCAUAUGGCCACUGAUAUCCCCUGACCUGAGGGCCCUGGAAUGCAGAGCAUCCCUCAUAAGGCUUCCUUAUGCUGGCUGGCUUCCUUGUGCCCUUCCCAGACCCCUCACAUCAGGGUCUUCUCCUCUAAUGUGGAGGAAAUGGGGGGAGAUGUGGGAUGGGAGGGGGAAGGGAAGGAGAGUAGGGGGGUUCCCAUCCAUCAGGGAGAGACAUAUCUUUGGAAUCUGGAGUCUCCUCUGGGGUGGGGAGAGGCAGCCACCCAGGUCACAGACACAUGGUAUGGUGGUACACUGGGAGAGGCUCAGGGAUAGAGCUGAAACUGCCCAGUGGGCAAGGAUGCCAGCAGGAGGACUGCUCAUACCCAAGGUCAGUCCAAAUUACAGGGAUCCAUGAGGUCUUCCAGCCACCCCUCCGUGGUGGUCGGCUAUUGGCUGGGCCCAAGCUAGGAUGAGAGCUGAGGGGGAAGGGAGGUGGGGGAGCAGGUGUGGAGGGAUGCAGUGCCCAGACCUGCUGGAAGGCCUCCUGCAUGCGCAUGAAGGUGCCCACCUGCAGACAUGUGCCUGUCCCAGCACAGGGGGCAGGAUGGAGACCCCUGCAUUGGCUCCACACUCCAAGCCACCCCCCACCCCAUGGUGUGUAGAGGAACAUUAAGUAGGCCACCUUCUCCACCUUCAGUGUUCAGGGACUGAAGGGAGAGGGAAGCAAAGGCAAGGGUCCACUGCCCACCACAUCCCUUCACUGGGCUCUAAAAGCCAGGUAACCUGCUUCUGGAACAGUUCCCUGUCUUGGUGUUUAUCGGGGACCUGGGGUUGGGGGAGAGACUAUUGGUCAGAGGGCAGUGGUCGCCAGCUGCAGGGUAGCAGGGGAAGUUCUGAAUGCCUGAAACAGGGUGGGGAUAGCCCCUUGGAAAACAGACCUAAGAGACCUAGUCUGGGUUUUGAUUACACAACCCACCUACCCAUUGUCCACCCACCCCAUGCCCCGCAGGAAUUCUGCCAGGCUGGGGCAUCUGGGCAAGGCACUGGGUCAAGCCAGACCCCAAGAGCUGGGCACUUCUCCGCUGGGCACACAUGUGCACCUGAGCAGGCACAGACACACACCCCUGUGCCCAGCCUCGCCGCCAUCACUGUCCUCUGCUGGUUGGCGGGGACGUGAGGGUGGCAAAUACGAGGUGUCAGGCUGUGAGGGCAUAGGAGGACUUCAUGGGGAAGGUUCUGGAUUUAUUUCCUCCUCUAGAUGCUAUAAAUACGUUAGCAUUUGAGCCAAUUGGAGGGCUAUGGGUAAUUUAGGAUGCACAGAAACUGUAAUUUAACUCAUAGCAUCUCCAUGUGAGAGCAUUAAAGAUGUAAUUAAGACGUUUACACAAAGAGAGUGUGAGCCUGUGACACUGGGGAUGUGAAACCCCAGGAGGGGUGGGAUGAGUGAGGGGCUGUGGGGGGGAUGGCCGCUUGGAUAUCAGCUAUGAGGUGGAAGCCCAGCUGGCUUUCCUUGAUCUAUCCAAUGAGUUGCCUCUGGUCCUGAGUUCAAGGCUGCUCUGGGGCCUCGUGCCUCAGCUGUGGAAUGGGGUCAUGAUGCCUGCCAUAUCCUUGGUUGGAGAGGCCAAGUGGACAGGACCUAUGGGACAGGAGGAGGGAGGGGGCAUGAGCCCCAAGGGCCAGGGGGAGGUGCGAUGCCUCAGGACCCAUAGGAGCUGGGUGUGAAACACAAAAGAGAAGAAAAUAAUGUGGUCUUUCCCAGAGCACAGGGGUGCAGGGGAUGGGUGGUGUUGGGAAGCCACAAGGGUUAUGUGUGGGGAACCCACCUGCAGUGUUCAGAAGGGUUUGGAGGGUUUGGUCACUGUUGUGACCUAAUGCCCUAGUUUUCCCAGGACUGCACAAUUUUAGGAUUGAAAAUCUCAUAAACCAGGACUUUAAGUGACAUCCUGACCCUCUGCUAAAGAACUGAGCCUUCAGGCUAGCAUAAGUGGAAACGAGGAGAGGGUGAGCCCCAGUCCCAUGGUGGAGGGCUGGGCUGGACCUGGGGGUUGCAGGACAGGGCCUUGGGUAAGAGUGAGGGCCCCAAGCACCCCAUGGGCCUCCCACACUGGGGUCAAACAGCCGGACCUGUCAGUGACAAGCCUGGUCUUGGGGAGGGGUCUCCUUUCCUCAGCAGACUGACAGGAUUUCUGAGGGUGAGGGGAGACGGGAUGUGUGGGCUGUGCACCUCAAUCCUGUUGGAUAGCCCCUCAGCCCCAGAAUGUGGGAGCUGCAGAGGACCCAAUGUCUGGGAGACCCUAAAAAUGGAGUCCGGAGAGUAAGGUUGGCACCCAGGGACCAGAGCCUGGGAUGGGGGCUCCGGGAGGACCCCUGUCCCCAUUCUCUCCCACUGCCUGCCCCAGACCCCUGUCCUGGUUGGGUGGGUUUGGCUAGGUGAUGGACACAGGGCAGCUUUCUCUGGGUGACGGGGGCCGCUUCCUCCUCCUUUGUCCCCUCACAUCACCCCCUCUUCCCUUCCACCCACCUUCUGUUUUCUAACUCUCUCUCACUCCUGGAGGAAUACCAAAUGCCCCCCAAAGUUCCCAGGCCUUCUACAGAGUGUGGGAUCAAUAAACAUUGGGA